CUGAAGUUUAAAAAUCAACAGAUGAAGGGCCUAUGCCUGAAUUGUCGAUUCUCCUGCUGUUUGGAUGCUGCCUGACCUGCUGUGCUGUUCCAGCACCGCACUUUUCAACUCCUCUCCAGCGUCUGCAGUCCCCACUUUCACAUCAAUGUCUGACAGUCACUCAAUCCAUCGGGACCUCCACGAUUUUCAACUAUGAUUCUGUGAGAAGGAGCAAAACAUUUUGGUUCCUGUUUCAGACCAUUUUCAGCAUCAGCGGGACUGAAUGAGAGUCUGUACUGUUACAGCACACUGUGUGUAAAGCCUGAAACAGUUAUACAGCCAGGAAAGAGGAAUUUACUGUGGGCAGGGGCCGUACACGGGUCUGUAGCUGCGGCCAUGGUGAAACCAGAGGAAUCCCACACUGUGGAGAAACCGUGGAAGUGUUGCGACUGCGGGACAGGCUUCCAUGCCCCAUCUGUCCUGGAGAUUCAUCGGCGAAGUCACACCGGGGAGAGGCCAUUCUCCUGCCCCGAGUGCGGGAAAGGCUUUACCUGCUCCUCCCACCUGCUGGACCACGGCCGAGUCCACACUGGGGAGAAGCCAUUCUCCUGCCCUGAGUGUGGGAAGGGCUUCACCUACUCCUCCCACCUGGUGGCCCACCAGCGCGUCCACGCUGGGGAAAGGCCCUUCCCCUGCUCGGAGUGUGGGAAGGCCUUCAGCAAAUCCUCGGACCUGCUGAAGCACCAAUGGGUCCACAGAGGGGAGAGGCCAUUCAGCUGCCCUGAGUGCGGGAAGACCUUCAGUGAUUCCUCUACCCUGCUGAGGCACCAGUGGGUCCACAUCGGGAAAAGGCCGUUCUUGUGCCCUGAGUGCAGGACGGGCUUCACCCGCUCUUCCGACCCAUCUGCGGGUCCACACGGGUGA